AUGUCAGCUUCAGGAGAUCUGAUUGACUUUGACUUGAUCGAAGGACAAAAAGAAAAUAUCCAGUCUUUGCCUGGUGGUCGUUCAGCUAAGAAACUAGCUGAGCUCUACUCCCCAUCACCACUCCAUAAACUGUCUACGCCAACCCCUUCGGACACGCGCAAUGUCAACGACUGUAUUCGCGCCGAAUUCGAACAAGAAGUUGAAAACAUCGCCGAGUCAGACGAUCCUCUUGACGUUUUUGAACGUUAUGUUCGAUGGACCCUAGACGCCUACCCCUCAGCGCAAGCAACACCACAAUCACAACUGCAUAGCCUUCUCGAGCGUGCAACCAAAACCUUCAUUGGUUCAGCACAAUACAAAAACGACCCUCGAUAUCUCAAACUCUGGGUUUACUACAUCCACUUCUUCUCCGACACACCCCGCGAGACGUACAUGUUCUUAUCGAGACAUGGGAUAGGAGAGUCCCUCGCAUUAUUUUACGAGGAAUAUGCUGCUUGGCUUGAGGCAGCGAAUAGAUGGGCACAAGCCGAAGAAGUGUACAAGCUGGGUAUUGAUCGCGAGGCUCGACCUGUUCAGCGACUUAUUCGCAAGUUCAAGGAGUUUGAGCAGCGGGUCGCCCAGCAGCCCGACGUCAUGAACGAACCCUCAUCGCCAGCAUUGCCGACUAUGCGGCCGGCUCUUGCUGCGAAAGUUGAUCCCUUUGCUGCUGCGCGAGCAGCAGAUCCUCAGGCGGCAAGACCCUCAAGUGGUGGAGCUGGCAAGCCGUCCAAGUCCAAGCUCGCAAUCUUCUCUGACGCUGAUGCCCAACCUUCUGCCAUGUCUUCAAUGAGUGCGGGCUCAAAAGGGUGGGAUAGUAUCGGUUCAUUGGCAGACCGAAGGAAGGAGAAUGCGGUAGAAGCCAAACCCUGGGCGGGUGAGACACUACCAGCUGGUGGCAAGAAGAGUACGGCUCCUAAGAUGUCAGUGUUUAGGGAUCCGUCUCUUUCGCAAAUACAGAAUAUCGUGGUUGUUCCAUCGAAGCAUCAAAUCUCUGUGCAUCCGCAAACUGGAAAAAAAGAGCGUGUUUUUGUUGACCUUGCUGCUAUCUACCCAAGUCCUGAAGAGAUUGGCACAGAGCUUAGUUUCGAGGAGAUUAUGGCUGCUGGCCGAGGCUGGCUCGACCACUGCUGGGAGGAUGAAACAUUUGACGAGAACCUCGUUCCUGAGCCUGUCGUCCCCCUCGAGAUCGAGGAAAUCAGCAAAGGAGCAGGGGAGAGGCUGCUGAUCCAUCAAGAUCCAGUCGACAGACGCCCUGUCCAUCAAGACCCUGUAGGCAAGUUGGCCAUUCACAAAGACACAGCUGAAAAGUUGGUUAUUCAUCAGGAUUCUUCCACCAAGUUGGCAGUUCACAAAGACAUUGUGCAGUAUGACGAGAAUGGCAAGGCUGUCGAGCAACAUCGGGGGCCACGAGGUGGCAAGAAGAAGAAAAUGAUGGAGGUCAACGAGACCCAGAUCAUCAAAGCAAAGCUUGACUCGCCAUCCAGACCAAAGCUCAAGAAGAAAAACACCUCUGAGCCUACCAUGACACUUCAUACUAAGGCUGCCACUGAUGAUAUUUAUGAUAUUUUCAAUGCACCCCUGAAACCUGCUGGACAGGAGGAAGAGGAUGAAGAGAGCGCAGAUGAUGACGAUUAUGAGAGUGAUGAUAAUUAUACUACCGAUGCAGAAAGCACAGGCACCACAAGGCAUAUAGAGCACAGCGAGGCCGGUGACGACGAGAACGAAGAGACGUCUGAUGUUAAGAGUGUUAGUGAAUGGUCCGACUUUUCAACUCGAAGACACAUUCCUCAUAUUGAUGGAGAAGAUGAUGGUGACGAAGGCACCGAACGAAAUGAGACACAAGGAUCUGAUUUGAUCGAUACAUGUGCCCCAGGACCUGAUCAGGAGUCAUCUGAAGCUUUCGACAACACUGAUCAACAAAAGGGAACCGGAGAAGAGCAAAACAACGACGCCGAGGAGCUUGAAACUCCCGUGUUUGAAGAUUUUCCUUCUACAGCUCGUACAACAUUUGUUCCUAUCCCGCCUGAAGACUACGAGCCCCCAACUCGGCCAUUUAGGGAUCCGGCCGAGGUGGCCAAUAACCGACUGCCCUUUAUGACUCCCAUCACCGAGAGGACUGAAGUGUCUCUGGAUGUGACUAUGGAGCGCCGUGGAUACAAGACACCUUCUAAGAAGGAUAAUUCUCCAACUAUUAACGAAGAGGACGAGGGGAGUUCAGAUUCAGAACCUCUAAGCAGCCCUCUUCGAGAGAUGGUCCAUGAUCCUAUUCCACCCCCCAAGAUGCCCGCGCCUCUUGCUCCAAAGUCCAUUGGGCCUUUGGGCAAAGCAAUCCCUCCUAAGCCUCUUGCUCCAAAGGGCCCCAUUAUCAAGGAUGCUCAGUGUAACCCUGUGGAUGGAUCAGUUCGUUCUGAGAUCAUCGCUAGGAUGUUACCCCCAUUGAGCUCGUAUUCUGGCUUCUAUGACCAUCGACAUGAGAAAUAUGAACGAGGGGCUGAGAUCCGCAAGUUUGCCAAGGCCCUGGCCAAGGCAAACAAGUCAGGCGAUAAUAAAACGGGACCUGUUGCUGCUCCUGUAGUGAUUGAGCUCCCUGGCACUCCUUCGACCUACACAAUCAGGAAAGAACUUGGUGCUGGAGCAUUCGCACCUGUUUACCUUGUUGAGAACUCGGCUCCAGAAGCUGAUGAGAACGAUGAGAACGCAAUACCUACAAUGGGCAAGGGCGCUUUCGCAGUUAGCCAUCGCAGUGACAUCGAGGCUUUAAAGAUGGAGAACCCACCUACACCAUGGGAGUUCCAUAUGAUGCGUCUGGCUCACACUCGCUUGGGCCCUCAGCAUCGUGCUUCUGCCUCCCUGUCUUACGCGCAUGAGAUGCACCUCUUCCAAGAUGAAGCGUUUCUUUUCUUGCCUUACCAUCCCCACGGCACCCUUUUAGAUGUUGUCAACUUCUUCCGAGCUGAACCUUCUGCCGUCAUGGAUGAGCAACUGGCAAUGUUUUUUACUAUCGAGCUUCUGCGAACCGUUGAGGCUCUUCACUCCAAGGGUAUUCUGCACGGAGAUCUCAAAGCCGACAAUUGCCUGCUACGUUUGGACGCACUGUCUGAUGACGAGUCCCUGACAGCUCAGUGGAAGGCUGAUGGGAGUGGUGGGUGGUCGUCGCGUGGAGUUGUCCUUAUUGAUUUUGGUCGCGGUAUUGACAUGCGUGCCUUUGUCCCCGAAGUUGAGUUCAUUGCCGACUGGAAAACCAGCGCUCAAGACUGCGCUGAGAUGCGAGAGGGCCGCCCAUGGACGUGGCAGAUUGACUACCACGGCCUCGGUGGCACAAUUCACACUCUCCUCUUUGGCAAGUACAUCGAGACUGUACGGUGUGACCAAGGUGGACUCGGCAAGUCUGGUCGACGUUACAAGAUCCGUGAGAGCCUCAAGCGAUACUGGCAGACUGAACUCUGGUCUGACUGUUUCGAGCUUCUACUAAACCCCGGGGCUGCUGCAGCCGCUGGGGGCGAGGAUGGUGGCAAGAUGCCUGUGCUGAAGUCGAUGAGGAAUGUCAGGGAGAGGAUGGAAACCUGGUUGGGGGCCAACUGUGAGAGAGGUGUUGGACUGAAGAGUGUCAUGGCCAGGCUUGAAGCUACCUUUGGCAAGAAUCGCAAGUAG